AUGAAAUCAAAGUUUAGUGAAAUGUAUUUCUACCUUCAAAAUCUUGGAAUCGACACUCAUGAAGAGAGUUCUAAGAGCGAAAGUCCUGUUCAAGGUGCCUAUAUGAGCAAAAAGAGCCAAUUUAAUCCAACUCGUCAAAUUAAGAAGAAAAGCUUGAAGCAAUCGCACAAGGAGAUUUCCAGCUCCAAAGAAUGGUCAAAAUCUACAGCUUGUUUGACCCAAGAGGCUCGAUCUGAUCCAAUGUACUCUCAAGGCGUAUACGCCAGUCAUCCAAAUGAGUUAGACAUCAUUUUCAACGAAAAAUCAAAGUUCAGUCGUCGUUUCAGCAAACAGGGAAAGACUGGUGAUGCUGCUGGAACUGUCAAGCGUAGCUUCUCCCUUUCGCGUUUCUUCCGUCGAUGCUCCAAAUCACGUGAUCUUCUGGAUGAACACACCGAAGAUGUUAAUGCCUAUCUACCUGAACCCCCCAAUUUGGGUCGUAUAUACCUCACUUCAUCCAUCAAUUUUGACAGCGGAUCGUGGAACUCACUCUUAGAAGAUCAACCCCGUCAGUUGACUGGACUUCACCCACCUCCAAAACAAUCAUCAAACAGAAGUCUCGCUUCUAAAGCAGAGCAGGCUCUAAACACUGACACUUUGAGACCCAAAUCAGAGCAAGUUAAUAAUGAGUAA